AUGACGUUUGUUUAUGGUGACCCUGUUUUGGAAAGACGAGAUCAAGUUUGGGAACGUCUUACACGUUUCUCAACAACUAGAACUGGACCUUGGUUCAUGAUUGGAGAUUUCAAUGAAAUCACGGGUCACAAUGAGAAGGAAGGAGGGAGACAGCGUUCUAAUAGCUCGUUCCUACCCUUUAAGCAAAUGCUUGCAGACUGUGGGAUGUUAGAGUUUCCUUUUACAGGGGACAUGCUUUCAUGGGUAGGGAAGAGAGCAGGACGUGUAACUGUUCGAUGUCGUCUAGACAGAGCAGUAGGAAAUGCUGAUUGGCAUGAGAAGUUCCCACACUCUAAUGCCAAGUACUUGACAUUUUGGGGAUCGGACCAUCGUCCGAUUCUUGCUGAGAUACUGACAAAGCCAACGAGAAGAUCAAAGAAAUUCAAAUUUGAUAGGAGAUGGCUAGACAAUAAAGAACUGAGGCAAGUCAUUCUUAAGGGAUGGAAAUCUCCUGAUCUACCCCCAAAUGCGACUAUAAUGGAACAUAUCUCUAGUUGUCGAAAAGCCUUGAACGACAAUGCGACGACGGAGGAAAUUGCAGCAGCGUUGAAGAAACUCUCUGAUGCUCUUAAGGCAGAAGAAAUGUUCUGGAAACAGAAAAUUGAGGAUGAGGAAAGCCUGGUAGCCAUUGCUACUAGCUAUUUUCGGCAAAUCUUCGAAUCAACUACACCAGAAGACAUUGAAGAGGCGCUAUCUGAAGUUCUUACGACAAUCACAGGAUCAAUGAAUGACAGCCUCACAGCUCCUGUUUCUGAAUGGGAGGUUAAAUUAGCUCUCUUUGCUAUGCAUCCGGAUAAGGCGCCGGGACCAGAGGGGAUGACUGCACUUUUUUACCAACAGUUUUGGGAUAUAGUCAAGCAGGAUUUAACUCUUAUGUUUCGACCCAUAAGCUUGUGUAAUGUUAGCUACAAGAUCGUCUCGAAGGUCUUAUGCCAGAGAGUAAAGAAAGUCUUGCCAGGAUUGAUAUCAGAAACCCAGUCGGCCUUUGUUGCUGGAAGACAGAUUUCAGAUAAUAUCAUGAUUGCUCAAGAGAUGUUUCAUGCCCUACGAACUAAACCGAGUGGACGUAAUAAGAGGAUGGCCAUCAAGACGGAUAUGAGUAAGGCAUAUGAUAGGAUGGAAUGGUCGUUUAUCGAAGCUGUGAUGCGUAAGAUGGGAUUCUCUGAGACAUGGAUCACCUGGAUUAUGAGGUGCAUUACGUCGGCGGAGCCCUGUGAAUGUGAGGAAGUAAUGAAAGUAGUCAAGAAAUAUGGUAAAGCAUCUGGCCAAUGUAUAAACUUUGACAAGUCUUCCUUACUCUUUGGUAAGAGGAUUAAUGCAGCCACCCGGCAAGAGGUUAAAGAUACACUUGGAAUACACAACGAUGGAGGGAUGGGAAAGUACUUGGCGAUCCCAGAGGAUAUUAGUGGUUCUAAAUGUAAACUUUUUGCAUUUUUAAAGGAUAAUCUGAUGCAUAGAGUCAAUGGAUGGACUGGUCGAUGUCUCUCAAAAGGGGGAAAGGAAGUAAUGAUCAAAUCCAUUUUACUCGCUCUUCCGACAUACGUUAUGUCGACGUUUCUGCUCCCAUUGGAGAUUUGUGAAAACCUCGCUAGUGCCAUUGCACAAUUUUGGUGGAGCUCGAAUCCACCAAAAAGAGGAAUACACUGGGCGAAAUGGGAAAAUGUUUGUUUACCAAAAGAGGAGGGCGGUAUUGGUUUUCGUUUAAUUCAUGAGUUCAAUCUAGCACUACUGGCAAAGCAAUUAUGA